AUGUCUGUGGCUGGCUUCUCCGGACUGCCCAGGCUUUGCCUGCUACUGCUCUAUGUCCUGUUACAGCUGACGGGAUGUGCUGCACUGAAAUGUCACUGUGAACACUGUUCAAAAGAUAAUCAGACCUGUGUUACUAAUGGAAUGUGCUUGGCAUCGGUGAUAUUACAAGAUGGUAAAGAAACGCACAACAGCAUGUGUAUUAAUGAAGUGGACCUUAUUCCACGGGACAGACCAUUCAUGUGUGCACCCUCUUCAAAUAAUGGCAUUUACACUAUCCCUUAUUGCUGCGUUGAGGAUUUUUGCAACAAGAAAAUUCGGCCUUCAGCUGUUCCAUCAACAAAACCUAUUACUAUUUUUAGUCCGGUGGAGUUGGCAGCGAUUAUUGCUGGGCCAGUUUGUUUCAUCUGCAUUUUUACUGAUGUUAAUUCUAUAUAUUUGCCACAAUCGCACGGUUAUCCAUCAUCGUGUUCCAAAUGAGGAAGAUCCUUCAUUGGACAGGCCCUUCAUAUCAGAGGGAACAACACUUAAAGAUUUGAUAUAUGAUAUGACCACAUCGGGGUCUGGUUCAGGUCUGCCUUUGCUUGUGCAGAGAACUAUUGCGAGAACCAUAGUUUUGCAAGAGAGCAUUGGCAAAGGUCGCUUUGGGGAAGUGUGGCGAGGCAAGUGGAGAGGAGAAGAAGUGGCAGUGAAGAUCUUUUCAUCAAGAGAGGAACGCUCAUGGUUCAGAGAGGCAGAAAUAUAUCAAACUGUGAUGCUGCGGCAUGAAAAUAUUUUGGGCUUUAUUGCUGCAGAUAACAAAGGU